AUGUCAUACACCGACUAUUGCAAUUGUGAAAGCAUUCACGUUACGCUGCCGCAGCAGCCCGAGAAUUCUGGAUUGUGUCAUUGUGAUAAUUGCAAACGCGCAGGCGGGGGUAAGUCGAUUUUUGUGGUUAUUCCUCCUGGUGACGCUAACAUGGAGUUCUCAACAGCGUUCUCGGUCAACUACUUUCUUCCUGAAGAUGAGAUGACCCUGGAUGACCCUAAAAAGGCAUUGAAGAGUUACGAAGACUCCGAGACUGCAAGUGGGAAUGUGAUCCAGCGCUAUUUUUGUUCCAACUGUGGGAGUGCCAUCUUCACCAGAACUCCGAAAACUCCUGGAGAUAUCUUCUUGAAAGCAACCUUAUUUGACACUGUUUCGCCGACUGCUGGUGAGAUUUUCGCGCAUAAGAAGCUACAGCUGUAG